AUGGUAACACCACUGCGGUCAAGGGCUCUGAAAGUGUUUUUGCUGUUGGUCCUUACUCAAACAGUGGCAGUAGUACUGUUCACCUAUCACACGUUUGUUGACUGGUCCUUCUUGAAGUCCAGGUUUAGAGAAUUCCAAUGGAACAUGCCCCAAGAUUUAGUAGAAACGUUCGGCAGGGUACCACAAAGACAAAGAUACACUCUGACUCGCUAUGCCACAGAUCUCAACGCAGAGUUACUUCUAGAGAACAGGACCCUGUGUCCGUCUGACAGACAGCUGUCCAUUUUGUUCAUGGUCCACUCUGGCUUGACUAACUGGAAACGACGCGAUACCAUGAGAAGAAUACUGGAUCUCGGAAACAGUUCUCUGUUCACAAACUACUCGACACGUGUGCUCUUCUUGCUGGGGAGAACCACAUAUGCCCAUGUGCAGGAAAUGACGGUGAUUCGAGACGAGUUUGCCAAGCAUGGCGACAUUUUACAGGGGAACUUUAAAGACAGCUACAGGAACUUAACUUACAAAGGAGCCAUGGGAAUCAAAUGGAUGAUAGAUGAGAAGAGUAGAACCAAGAAGAAGAGGAACCUGUAG